UUCAUGUCAAAGUAUACGCUUGUUCUCGCACGAUGAUGGCAUAUGUUUCCCUGGCACAGUUUUUCUUUUUUUAACCCUACUUAGACUCUUUUUAGCGUCUAAAAAUUCCUCACUCGUUUGCAACUGAUGAAAAUAGCUCGCAGAAAAUAUUGCUAGUAUAUAUAGCUCGCAAUAAAAUCGCAGAAAAAAUUGCUAGUGUUAUCAGGAGUCAUGACUCUCUAUUAAUGGUUGAUUUACUAUGAUGUAAAAGUAAUGGAAGUCUAAUAUCAUAUAGACAAUGCUUUUAUAACUGCAGCUGACUCUUUUCUCAAGCAUACAUGCAAUCCACACUGAAAUAAUCAGUCUUCGUUUAUAUCAAUGUCACAGACUUUCCUAAUUGUUGAAUAUCAUAUACGCGCUUAUAGCAGGAAUAAGUAAUGCUUCAAAUUUCAUCAUUUUUGCAAUACACACUUCGUCUUGCGACUCAAAAAUGUAACUUGACUGAAUCUUUACUGCGUAAAUUGUCCCAGUAAAGAUCUUUACUGCGGCAAGAUAUUUAAAUUAUUCAUACCCUUGGAAAUAUAAAAGAAUAAAGGGCGCGUUCGAAGGGCCCUAGGUUCGAGGUUGGGUAGAUUCUUAGUGUCACGGAAAGAAUCCUGGCUUGUGAAGUCGCGAUCUAUCAAUAAAUAGAGUAAAGAUGCCAUAAUAAACAUUAUUGCCAUCUGUAACGCAAGGAGCAAUUCCUGUGACGAAUUGUAAAAGAUUCAAAAUAUUUUCCUCCACAAAUCGUAUCUUGAUACGCCGUGACCAAAGCAUGCACGAAGUUGUUUCUGAGAGACUUCAAAAACAGCCCGCAAAGGAAGGAUGUCCCAUAUCCGGGAUUGACAACAAAGAUAUGACUCUUGUAGGAUCUGAUCUCCAGUCGUAAUGAAAACAAACGUUUUGUUUACAUUUUUAACUGUUAUAUUUUUUACAUACGACAACUGCAUGUCUGAGUAUCUCACACAUUGAUUAUUGGUUCUCUAUGGUUUUAACUUUUAAAUGAAUAUGAGCUAUAGAGUCUAGAGUCUGUGUCCAGAAAGAUCUGAAACAUGCGCAAUUUUCAUAUCUGCCGGCUUUGCAUUGUUAGGAGCAGAAACGAGGAGCAUAAUAAACAUUGUUACCAUCUAAAUGCAUGACUGGAUAUCACUUUUAAAUGUUUCCCAACCCACAUCAGCAUUUAACCCAAGAUGAAAUAACAAUUGACAUAAACUCAGUCGUGAAAUCAUUUUGAGUUUUUGUCCAUGUUUGCCUUAACGUACACGCAUCUUUCUUUAAGUUUGCAUUAAGAUAAAACUAUAGGCAAAUCUAUGUGUUUUAAAUAAUUUAAGUGUGAUAGAGAAAAUUAACUUAGUGAUCAUGUUUCUUGUAAUGUAAAAUACAUAUAAAAUACAAUAUGUCAGUGAUGAGUCCAUCCUUUCUAAAUCACGAAUUUCGAUAUUUCUUCAUUCGCAUUGAAGUAUGUUCUAGAAACUCAAAUGUGGUAAAAUUUAUAGAAAGAAAACAGAGUUCAUACUCUAAACAGUUGGCAGUUUAUUAAUUUUUAAAAUUUCGGAAAAGUCAAUACCUAAUGUAAUCGAACUCCACGCCUUCAACUGAAUUAUUCAUUCGUGAUUUGAAGAUUUUAAUGACUUUCACAUUGAAUUAAAUGAAACGCUGUUCUCGGUUAUUUGUUUUAGCAAAGCUCCAUGCAUUGUUAAAAAGGCAAUAUGGUUUUGUUGAUUAGACCAAACAGGUAAUUAUCAGCUUAUACUGACUAACAAAGAAUCAAAACAAAUGCAAGAUAAAAUAGUUUUUGAACAGCUGUCAAUAGCCUGUGAAUUUAAUAGAAAAACUUAAAAUAUUCAUUCAGUUAACUCAGCAAAGUAACACGUCGGGAUAAAAUAAAACGACAAAGAAAGAGCUUUCAGAAUUUUUUUCAGAAACAGUCUUGAUUUUAUGCUUCGAUCCUAAAGAGCGUAAUGGCUUGUGACGAUAGAGAAAAAGCGUGUACGAAUUGUGGCGAUGGAUGCCCCGGUUUCUCGAUGCAUUAUUGGAGGAAAAUCUGCAGUCACUGCAAGUGUCCCAGAGAAGCGCACAACAUAUUUCUGGACGAGCUAGACCAAAUACCAACCAGUCAGUUUAUGGUAGAAUUCAACCGGAAUAGUUUUGUCAGUGAUGAUGAUAGCGGUUGCGCAUUGGAAGAAUAUUGUUGGGUUCCUGUUGGCUUAUCUCCAGAACAGGUGUUUGCUUAUAUGAGUGCCUUACCUGAAGACAAAAUUCCAUACGUCAGUAGCCCUGGAGAAAAAUACAGAAAUCGUCAGCUCAUAUUCCAACUACCAGCCCACGAUAGUGAGUCACAGUACUGUAACAAGCUGAGUGAAUCAGAGAAACGUGAACUGAAGCUCUUCAAUUCCCAAAGAAAAAGAGAAGCUCUUGCUCGAGGAUUAGUGAAACAAGUUACAUCAGAAGGGCUACUAUGCGAAGAGUGUGAUGAAGAGGUCUACCAUGGCGAUAUCGCAGUUUACGCUAGUCGAAUGAAGAACAGCAACGCUCUCUGGCAUCCGGGUUGUUUUUGUUGUAAUGAUUGCAAGGAGUUAUUGGUUGAUUUAGUUUACUUUUAUAAAGACGAGAUGGUUUAUUGUGGCCGUCACCACGCUGAGAAAUAUCGACCGCGUUGUUGUGCUUGUGAUGAGCUUAUCUUCGCAAGGGAGUUCACAGAAGCUGAAGGUCGUAGUUGGCACAAAAAGCAUUUUUGUUGUUUCGAAUGUGAAAGUGUAUUAGGAGGGCAGAGAUAUAUUAUGAAACAAGAUCGUCCUUAUUGUUGUUCUUGUUACGAGCAACGUUUUGCUCAAUACUGUCAUUCCUGUGGAGAUGUCAUUGGUGUGGAUGAUGAUCAACUCAGUAAAGGUGAUCUCCAUUGGCAUGCAAAUGAUAAGUGCUUCAGUUGUUUUACAUGUGGUAUUUCAUUGGUUGGCAGUCCAUUCAUGCCUAAAGAUGAUGAAAUAUACUGUUCAGCGUCGUGUAGUCGAGCUUCCCCACAUGUUCUCACGAAACCCAAAGUACCCCAAUCAUUACAAAAUAAACUUUUGGAAGAUGACCUUGCUCGCGAGCGUGAAGUUAUCAGUGUAGCUCCGAAAUUGAGAAAAGUGAAAGAAACAACUUUUGAUGAGUUCAACAAUGUACGAAGUGAUGUGAAACUUAUCGAAACUUGUCGUAAUCGUGACUUGAAGUUGAACAAUUCGUCACGCAGUACUCCAAGAAAACAAAAAUCACGUGACGAUGACGUAAUUUUAGCCAUUCCUGUCGAGGACGGAGACAGCAAAGACAGUAACUAUGGAACCGAAACGUCAUCUCUCAUGGAAGAAGAUAUCCAAAGAAAUAGAUUCUUGUCUUCUAGCUAUGGUGUUGACAGGCACACAAGACGUGGGCGUGAUCGAGGGUAUGAUACUGAUUGUCCUAGUACAACUUGUGUGUCACGAAAGUCAAGUGAACGUAGUACUGAUCGUGGUUACGAGACUGAUGGUGCUAUGAGACCCAUACGAAGUGCGGACAAGAGAGUUGUUCGUAGUUAUGAGUCAAAAUUUAACCGUCCGAGACAAUCAUCGCGUUCCGGGUACGACACGGACGGUGGUCGAAGUCGGGUGUAUAAUGAUGUCGUCGAACGUGGUUAUGAAACUGACGGGGCCCAGAGGCGAGGAUAUAGAUCAAGAAAACAAGAAAGCAGAGGUUAUGAGACUGACACUUGUACAUCCAGAGUACAUAAAGAUAGACUGAUUCGAUCAAAAAAGAACAAUAAUACCCAAACUGUUAUUUAUUAUGAUUUACUUGGAGGUCCUGAGGACCACGAGUUUAAUCGUGAUGCUCCGUUACAAGUUGUUUACACAAACAAUUCUGCGAAACAAAAUGGUCGUUCCAUGGGUUCUUUGUCAUCACGGAUGUACAGUAGUGUUCGCGAGGCAAGUCACAAAACACGGCCUAGAGAAUAUAAUGUCGAAGUGAAUAAGAUAAACUCUCAUUCGAUGGAAAUGCUUGAUGGUAAUGUUGGACAAUAUACUCGUACAUCUGAGAACGCCCGAGGUCCUAUGAGGAGAACGAGUCGAAAUAUUAAUUCAGAAUCCAGCACAAGGGAACGGAAAGGAUCAAAUGGUAAAAAGACACUCCCUUGGGAAGAUCCAUUCUCAAACCCAGUCCGUUACCCUAAUCUCGCAGAUCCCAACCUGCGCAGGAUCCGUUAUGUAGACGAAGUUGGCUUUUCACCUGAACAGCGGGUGUUUAGCCCGUCUGGAAACAGGACACCUAAGACCGAACGCAAGAAUAAAUCGAAGAAAGAAUGUCGUGUACAAUGAAAUAAUAAAUAAUUUGUAAAUAUUGUGUAUAAAUUAUAUAUAAAUAUAACUUGUGAAAGAUGAACAUAUUCUGUUGAGUACGUUAUUUCUCAUGAAAUAGAACUCGUUUUAAAAGGACAAUAAUAUUAAAUAUAAUUUAUAUAGCAUACACUAACAUGUGUGCGUGGUAAGUGCAUGAUUGAAAUACUCUAGAAAGGAUUUUUUUAGGAAAUUCUUCUAAAGGUUUCGCACACUUUAAUAUAUUUAUAUUGCUCAUAACAAGAUUUGACUGACUAAUAUGGUUUUAAGAUAGACAAAGGAUAUCUUGAAUAUCCUAACAGGAUUAAUGUAAGUUGUUUUACCGUAUUCAAUCGGGAGUCCAGCUGUUCAAGAAAUGUUUUUUUCUCAUAGCUAUAUGAAGGUCGUAUUUAAUCACAGUAAAUAAAUGAUC